AAAACGCACUAUCUCGCGCCAAAUAUUCGUAGUGGCUCGAAUUGAUUUCGCACAAAAAUUAUUUAACCAGGGAGGGUGACAAGACAAAUCAAGCCCCUCCAUCUAAGGAUAUUUCACCAGCAGAAGCAGGGACAGGAAAUAAUUUGGAAGGGAUCUACACUCAGGGAUUAUCUUAUUCCACGGCUGUCCACAAAUGCAUAUGACUGUUUAGUUCGAGGUCGUGUACAGGCAAGUGAGAUAUUUCACUGCAAAAACAAAGAAAUGGCAGGAUUAACAAAACAGUUGCUGUCCGCAAAACUAAGGGCAUCAAUAACAGAAGAUGAAAGUGAUGAAGAUAUGGCUUUAUCCGACAUGAUGCCUUUCAGUCAGAAAUCACACAACAGUGAUAUCAAGUAUUGUGAUCACAAUAAGGGCAGAGCAUCCAUCAUUAACAAAGAAAAUGAAAACAGUCCAAAGAGAGUAGCUUCCCCAAGAUCAAAACUUCGCAUUCCACUAGAAGAUACUGACUUUACUGUGGACAAUGCCAUGGAAAAUAUUGACACAGAUCAAAACAAUAACAGUCAGCCUGUCACACCUACCAAGCCCAAAGAAGAGGCUGAGGCUCCUUUGACCCCAACAGCAAAUCUAAAGAUGCUCUUUAGUGCUGUUAGUCCUGAGAUUAGAAAAAUGCAGAGUAAAUUAAAAGAAGAGGCAAAUGCUCAACAUAUAGCAGAGGAAUCAAAUCAAGAUGUAAAUGACUUUGACAAUGAAAUAUUAUGUUCAUCUCAAGAAAGUGACUCCGGCAAACCCUCAACUGGGUCAAGAAAAGAAAAAUCUCUUGGACUCCUGUGUCAAAAGUUUCUACAGAAGUAUCCAGAAUACCCUGAUGCUUCUCAGAACUUUGAAAUCUGCCUGGAUGAAGUUGCCAAAGAACUCAGCGUUGAGAGAAGGAGAAUCUAUGACAUCGUCAAUGUUCUGGAGAGUGUUGAAAUUGUCAGCAGAGUGGCUAAGAAUAGAUAUGCAUGGCAUGGAAAGACAAACCUUGUCACAACACUUGCAAAACUUAGGGCUCUGGCUGAGACUGAAGGUUUUGCAGAACAGAUGGAUAAACUGAAGGAACUUGAACUAAACCGAGAACUUCAAGAUGGGGAGACUUGUACAGUAAAGCUGCCAGUUGAAAUUGGCGACAAGGCAGUCCGGAAAGACAAGUCCCUUGGCAUCAUGAGUCAGAAGUUUCUCAUGCUGUUCCUCGUCUCUAAACCAAAGACCGUCAACCUGGAUCUCUCAGCUAAAAUACUCAUAGGUGAUCCUCUCAUUGACAGGACAGAGAGUGCCAAAUUCAAAACUAAGAUCCGCCGUCUGUAUGACAUUGCCAAUAUCCUCACUAGUCUUGACCUUAUUCGUAAGGUCCAUGUCACAGAGAUCAGAGGUCGUAAACCAGCAUUCAAAUACAUCGGUCCUGAUGUUGAUAACGUCAAUGAUGUUGGCUUUUGUUGCACUGAUGGAUGUCAUCGUCCCAGCUCUCGCCACUCUAUGCUUGACUGUGUUAAAAAUGCCAAUGUUGCAAACCUUGUAAAUAUGUACAGACCCAUUCAUCCGUGUGUUCCUAUACAGAAUCCAUCUGUGGUUGCAACAUUAGCAGAAGCUAAAACUAAAGUCAGCAAAUUGAAGCAAGAGGCUGACAAUGCUCCCCGUCGCUUUUCUCGCCAUGCAUCUUUCGAACAAAUCUGCCAAGUUGCUGAGAAGGAAAGAUCCAAAUUAUAUGGAUGUUCUUCUGAACCCUCUAGUCCUGUGAAAAAACUCAACUUUGAUGAAACAUUGGAAGAUCCAUUUCCUAAACCUGAGUUGAAAAAGAGUCAGAGCAUGCCAAUAACAGUGAAGAAACCAUUGCUUAUCAUGAAAGAUGGACAGCUGACCAUUGUCCAAGAUUCUUCAGAAAAGAAUAAAUCCAGUCCAGGAACUACCCUUACACCGCAAACAAUAAGCCUAGCCAAAAGUUCUGGCAAGGCAAAUGCUUUUAUAUUCAGGACAAAGCCUUUGAAUCCAUCCGAGAAUAUGAAACAGCCAACGAUGAUUCCACUGACAAGGGAUCAGAUUGAUGCUGUGUUACGCUCUCUCAAAGUUCCAGUGGCUGUUGAGAAGGAUACUUCUAGUCUUAAAGAUGCUUCAACUCAGUCUUCUCCUAAUACACCAUCUACAGAUAAAUCUGCACAGAUGACAAUCUUAGAGCAAAGGUCAUCGUCUCCAGAUUGCACCCUUGCAGCUAUGAAUGAAACUACCCCCCAAGCUCAGGCUCAACCUGAUCGCCGAGGUGUCAAGCGGACAUAUGUGGCUGUAAGGAAUGUUAAUACUGUUGAUAAAAGAAUCCGUUUAGCCAUUCCGACACCGCCAUCAACAGAGGAAGAGUCAGGAGCCAGUUCAUCAGAUAGCUUCUCUCAUACUCCUGAUGGAGAAGUGGAUGCCAUUAAUCAAAGAUGUGCCAAACGCAAGGUUGCAGCAGAUAGGAGGGCACUUCAUCUUGCUCCUGAAUUCCGUAACUCACCUCCCAUGUGCAAUGUUCAGAGGAAACCAACUCCAGAUACAUUUAAAUGCAUCACAGCAUCAGAACUGGAACUGGCAGCUCCUUUAGCUGAUGAUGAAGAUUCUCCAUGUGGAAAGCUAUCCCCAAGAGAGAACAGUAAAUGUCACAUACCUGCUCAGACUGUUUUACCUACAAUGCAACGUGUAACAAUCCAACUUCCCAAUCAGCAACCAAUGUCUGUGUUUCAUGUCCCAGUGAACUGUCAGGACAAGAUGCCAAGAGUCUCCCCCAAAUCCUUGCCACAAUCCCCACCUCUUCAAGGCUUUGCUCCAACCCAACCAUUGCAGAUUGUUGGAGGAAUACCAGUAACACCCAAUGGUCAGCCAAUGGGUUUCAUGGUACCAGUGACCUUCAGCCCACCCUUGACCCCAUCGAGUCCCACAAUGUUCACCAUGCCCACCCCACAAGCUCAACAAAAUAUGACCUUUACCUCUGUACAUGUUAUGCAACCUCAGGUCAAGGCCACAUCAGCUUCCAUUCCAUCACCAGCAAUAUCCUCACCAUUACAAACAUUCUCAUCAAUUCAAUCACCACAAGUUCGUAUGAUCAUACCCCCCGAACAACCAAUAACCACCUCAGCAGGAACUGCUUUAAUCCACAAAGACGGAUCUAUAUUUGCCCCAUUUACCCAGGACACUAAAACUGCAGUACGAAAGUUGUCUCUGUCUGAUUUGUGUUAAAAAUUGUCAGUGGAAUUAUGAAUGAAAUUGUACAAACUUUAAAUAUUUCCUUCUUGGAAAUUGUAUUGAUGGAAUAGUAUUUAUCCCCAUAGUAUUUUAGACAGUGAAAGUGCAAGCUGUAGUUUUAGUUUUGGCAUGGAAGAUGCUUUGAUAUUAAUCUGGUGCAGAUAUAGAUGCAUUUAUUUUUAGAUGAAAUGUAGUUUAGUAAAUUAUUCCAGUUAUUUAAUCAAAUGCUGAUCGUUUAGUCGCUAGAUUGUACUGUGAUAAAUCAGUGGGCACAUACAUUGUUCAAACUUGGGUGCACAGCAAGAAAUGUCCGUGUGUUAACAAUUGUAUUACAGUAUUUCUAUUUUUCCAACAUUACAAAUCAGUGUUUUACAUAUCAUUCUGCAUUGUUGAGUUGACACAGCUUACUUUUAUCAGUUUCUAAAUAUUGAAGUUUCUUUUAAUCCAAACAACAGUAUUCCAAAGAUGUAUAUUUUUUUAUUUAAUUUCAUACUUUAGUUUUGUUUUGGGGUUGUUGUUUGUUUGUUUGUUUUUGGGGGGGUCUUUUUUUUUAUCAAUUAAUCAUAAGUUUAUUUUAGUUUCCAUUCCUUAGACAUCUCAUUACUUUAGUUAAGUCCAUUUGACAUUGAUCAUUUAAAUGUGUUCAUUGCAUUGUUAAUCCAUACACCCAGUUUUGUUAACAGAAUGAAUGAUGUGAAAUGCUUGUUGUUUGGGAAACCAGUACAUGUGUGUUUACAGUUGUUUUGUUGCCAUGGUUACUGUUACUUUGAUCUCAUGUACAUUACCAAGCCAUUCCGCUGUUAGUAUACAAGCUGAGAAUCUGCUUCCAAGUGUGCAAACAAGGUAGAUGGCAAGAAAAGCGUUAUAUAUUUGCAAUGUCUAAUGAAUUCAACAUUCUUUUCUAAAUUAUAGACAUUAAACAUAACCUGCAAUGUGGUUUUAGUUAUAGAAACAUUUUGAAUGAACUGACAAGGGCAACUGCAUAAUUUGUGUAGGGUUUUUUAAAUAGCUGUGGAUUGUUUUUUCACUAUCAGGUAUGAGUGGCAAUAUUUGAAUUUGUUUUACAUAAUCAUUUAGUUAUUCAGGAUUUGUUCAGCAUUGAUAGGUGAUAUCAACCUGAAACCACCAAAUGGCAGCACAUUGUAGAUAAUCAACUCAGCUUUAAUAAAAAAUUAUCAGCGAGUGAAAAUAGUGCAGCAUAUCAGAAUUGUCGUCCUCUCAACAAGGCCUCAAACUUCAUGCAUUAGUGCGAAGUGGUAAUUAGGGAAGUGUUGUGGUUUUGAUGACAAAUAACACUGGUCUAUCAAAAGAUAUAAGUUAUCUCUCUUACAAAACUGUAGACUUAAAAAAUUAACUAUUUAUUAUUUUAUUUAUGUAUUUAUAUGUUAAGAUUAAUAUUUUUCAGGCUGGCACAAAGAAAAUUUGGGUAAUUUAAUUUGAACCACAAACUUUUUUCUUCUUUAUCUUUGUACAUUAUUCCAGGCCUUGUGCCUGGCCCCAAGCAAGUCAGUGUUACAUUAUGCUAGUCGUGCCAGAUUAUAAUAUAUUAAUGAAAUAUUUUCAUGUCUAUUUCAUAUUUAUGUUCAUUACAGUGCCUUUUGCUGAGGCAAAUGUGGCUCGCUCAAUGUGUCAAUUUCAUGCACAACAAUACUCUUCAUUGUGACAUUGUCAUAAUAGUACAUAGUGUACUGUUGUUACCAAUUGUUAAAUUUUAUUUUUCUCCGUUGUGUGCCACAUUGAACUUGGUUGUCACGAGAGUUUGUUGUGUAUAGAGUCAAUUGUAUAUAUUCUGCAAGACAGAUUGUAUAAUAAAAUACAAGUAAUCAAAUAUGAAAA